AAGGAAGUGGAUGCCCAUGUAUUGUUUCCGCCAGAAUCAGAUUUUUCCAAGGAACUUAUAGACCAACAGCGUCCAGAUCUUCUGAACUGUAUAGCCCUUGGUGCUGCCUCUUAUUGGACUAGAAGCCUGUUGGAUCGUCUUCAUCGUGAGCUUGAACUACUAUACGAGAAGUCAGGAGCCUCAUGGACGCUCAAAAGAAGUAAAUCUGAACAGGAGCUGAUAGAUGUAUCUUUUCAAAUCAGUAAUAUGCUAAUAGAUAAUAAGCUGUUGAAAAGAAUUGACCCUGUGGAGAUAAGUGAGGAUGAGUAUUCCUAUGAUCAACCUCUUGCUUGGGAAAUAAAGAGUGGGGUAAGAUAUUAGAUUUUAGAGAUUUAGUUAUUUGAGAAUGAGCCAUAGUUACCGGACAAUAUUUACAUUUUUCUGUUGUGUAUAGAUUUCUAAUACAUGUUUUUUUUCAUUUCUUAGUGUUUUCAAUGAUCAGCCUUGACAUCAGAACCAUGCACUGAAAUCAGAUUGAAUGGAUGUUUCUUUCAACAAUUCUAGCCUUUUAUUGUGUUUGUUUAUUUGCCCUAUAAGUUAAUGUGUUUUUUUUGUGGAUUUUCUUUUGACAGUAUGUCUGGUAUGGGGAUACCAGAUUUAAGGAUGCUGCUUUCAAAAUUAUUAAGAAGAUUGAAGAGAUCGAAAACCACCAUGAGCAUGACAAGAAAUAUGCUCAAGAAGAAGGAAGAUCUCUGGAUCCUUCAAUAUCUAAGAAGCACAUAGAUGACCAAAUAAUGGUAAAAAAGAGCCAAUCCCUUAUUUGCUAAUGUUGUUUCUCCAUUUGGGCUAAUGAUCAUGUCUCGAUUAUCAUAGUUUUUAAAGAAGCUGCCUGUUAGUCAACUGCACCAUGAUUGUCAAAAGUUUGUUCCAACAGUUGCUCGGGCUUUAAAAGCAGACAAUGAUAUCAAUUCCAUUUAUCAUACUAUGAUUAUAAUUAGGAGGGUGUUUUGGAAGAAAUAUCAAAUGGAAAUUCUAGAUUUCAAUUAGUCAUUUGUCUUAGAUAACUUAAUAUCGAGUAGUGUGAGUAAGGCAGAUUUAACAUACUAAGUGAGAAGAAAGCAAGUAAAGUAGGCUAUAAGAAAGUAUCAGAUACUAAUUAGUCUAUUUUUGGGAGAAAUAGACUUCUUGGCUCUCUCAAAAACAUUAGAAACAAAGCUGGAAAUCUGAUUUAAGCAAGUAAAAUAUGCAAAUAGGCAAAAACCAAUAGUUAUGGAAGAAGAAAAUAUGAUCGUGUAAAGAAGACACAAUUAGGAAGUAUGAUCUAAAAUUAUAGGCAUAAAAAAACUGCAUUGAUAACAUAUUAACAUGUCAUUUCUAUUACACCUUUUCUUCUAAUUUUUUAAUACUUUAAAAAUAAACCAUUUAUAAAUAUACCAUUUAUCAAACAGAGCAGACCAUUGUAUUGCUAUAAUCUUCCCGAAAGAUGGCAUGGUGGUGGGAUGAGUUCUUCUUCCCAAUUUCAGAUGUAUUAUGAGCAAGUGGGUAUACCACAAGCAUUUCUUCCCGAUCCCCCAACACAGUGAUAUUGUUUUAAUGACGUGCCAUGGGGAUGCAAAUGGAAGGUGAAUUUUGGUAAGCUCCAGUUUCCAAAGCUCACAUGAAAACAACAUUGGUAUAACCACAGUUUGGUUAACAGUGAAACCUUUGGGUGCCCCUGCUUGUGAUGUUCCUACUGAGUUUGAUGCCCCUUGUGUGAAAGAGUUUGAUGCCCCUUGUGUGAAACCAAAUGAUGCCCAGGUUAAUGUAUCUGUUGAUAAACUUGUUACUAUCCCAUUUACUAUCCAAGUAAUUAAUGCUUCUGUAAGUGCCAGACCUGAAGUUGAUAUGCUUGUGAAUCUGUGAAGAAGCAAUGAUAUUUUUGCAUCAGACAGUGAAGGCAAUGAAUCGAGAAUACAGUCAGUGGAAGGUGCAUUCCUUAUAGUUUAGAAAUCCGGGAAAAAUGGCCAUUACAUCCGUGAGGAAGUUGUUCAGACUCUAGGCUCACCUGUUUGCGACUCCAGUAAGAAGAAGACAGAUAAGAGUUAUUCGGGUACAGCCAGCAGUUUUUUCAACUAUUUUCCUUGACAAGGGUGGACAGCGAGAAGACUACUUGGUUAAUUGAUACUUUUGUAAUACAUUUG